AUGGAUCGCAGAGAUCCUCAUGGGAAACAUCAAAAAAGACUGGAAGAACGCGUGCAACAGCUCCGAUCUCGGCUUCAAAUUGUCCGGCCACCCCAUGACAGGCCAGACGAAGAUGGCCGUCCAGCCACGGAGUCUGUCAAGGCGUACCAACCCGGCAAGUAUCCUACCAUAGCAGAGUCCCUGGGGCGGCAAGGUCAGUCCUCUGUCAAGUCGAAAGUAAGGGGGAAGGAACCAGUAGUAGAGGCCUCUGAGCAAGAAGACGCACCGUCAGAUGUUGAGGAUUUUACCACAAUAUCGUCUCGUGGCCACGCCGGACCUACUUCAGACGUCAAAAAGGACGUCGGGUGGCAGCCUUCAUUGGUGAUAGGAUCCUCGUCUAUCGAUGCCGGCAACCCAAGUAUGAAGGAAGUCGCGCGCAGGAACAUGCUGCAGUGGGAACACAUUUAUCAACACCACCGGAAGCAAACAUCGAAAGACUUCCAGUUAGAAGUACUCGAUGAGCGACGCAUGGAUGCAAGGAGGGAGUACGAGGACAGUUGUGCCAGGGCUGACCCGGAAGACGAUGUCCCCCGAAACGAGACCCAGGCUUUCAAAAAAGAGCGUGUGCAAUCCCGCCUUGCCGUUCUUCACGAGACACUCGCUCAGAGUACAGAACCCGAAUGCGAACCUAUGAGAGCCAACAUCUCGGCUGCAAUCCGGGGAUAUCAGGAGGGAACCAUCGAGUGUUCCUCCACCUAUACACUGAUCUUCGCGGGUCACAUAGUCGACACAGCCUGUCGGACAUGGGCCGAGUUCACGGUUGACCGGAAGGAUCGCCUGGACCGGUAUUUCGAGCAGCAUGGCCCCGGUUUCCUCUGGUGGGAGCCGCCGCUGGCCAGCGGAAGGGACAAUCUGAACGCGAAGAAGGCACUUUUUCUUGAUGUCACGAGACACAAUGACCCCGAUGUACAAUUCCGAGAUGACCAGUGUCAUUUCCGUGUGCCCAUGUGUUUUCGGAAGGACAGCGCCCUGACUUGUCGGAUGGACGAAAUUCGAGCACAUUUUUCGAAUGCAGGGCAGGGCAAUACCAAAAAGCCGAGCGCGAUGAAAAGAAAGUGGGUGCUGGUUGAUGAUGGUGAGAGCGAUAUCGAGCUGUUGAAGAAAGCCAGGGACCAAGUUGGUGAUGCAUAUGAUUCAAGGUCAUUGCCUUCAUCGCGCAACGAAAAGGCAGCCAAAGGAGCUAUUCUUAGCAAGGCCGAACUUGGGCCAGAGCUCUUCUCCAAGAACGCAAGUACGGCGCGAGUGCGUGCUGAGGCUACUGCUGGACAGACGCACUUCUUCGAGAUGUUGCUCGACAGUGGCUGCGAGACUCCCAUUCUGUACCAUGAGGACCUCGUGUCCCUAGGAUUCAGGACUGCCGACAUGAACGCGGCCACUGUGGCAACCAUUCACGGUGCCAACGGGCGGACGUCGAAGCUGAAGAUCUUUGAACUCCUGGCAGGAGUCCAGCUCGACAAAGACGACCCUCACAAUCAAGAUCUCUUUCCAACAUGUGUCGUCAAGCUCGACUGGAAGCUCAAACCGCCGUCCGGGUACAGCGGCGAGAGGUUGUCUGGUCUGUUUCCUUUCCUGGCAUACUACAUGUCCUUUGCGCCGGGGAUGGACAGGGCCUGUAUGGGUGAUGAGAGAGGCGACAUCCUGGGCAUGCAGCGGAUCCCAGGUGGGCUGAGGUAUGACCCGUUCAUGAAACCUCAGUUGGGCGAGCCUAGGGAGACGCUGUUCAAGAGGCUCCAGGCCAAGAACCCAAGCAAGAUCGUUUUUGAGCAUCAGAUGCGGAUUGGAGGGCGGAAAUUGAUUGAGGAAGAAGUUGAUUCCGACGGAGCGCGAGGCACUUCAAGAGUCACUUUAUUCCGCCCUGAUGGAACGAUUAUAGAGACUUGCAAGAUAGAGAACCAUCAUGAUAGAAGGAGGCGGAAGCUAAUAGAGUAUGUCGAAUGA